AUGCAGCGCAUCAGACCCCAAGGCACUUUCCCUGGACAACAAAUGAAUAUCCCACCAGGCUUCCCCCACCAACCUUACAAGCUGAUCCUAGCUCAGUCCACAAUGAAGAAAGUCAACUUUGUGUCUGCUGAGGAGAUGGAACCAGUCCAAGAAGGGGAGGAUACACAAUUUGCUGAGGUGUGCUACAUGAGCAAUGGGCAAGGAGGUUACAACAAAGGAUACUAUAAUUACAAGUCCAACCCUGCCAUGUCAUACCGCAACACUGAUGUUGCUAACCCUCAGGACCAAGUAUAUCCUCAACAACAAGCAGCUCGAUCGAGUCAGGUGCCACAACAUGGGUAUGGUCAAAAGAACAAUUACCAAGGACCACAAGGCACUUUCCCUGGACAACAAAUGAAUAUCCCACCAGGCUUCCCCCACCAACCGCCCCAGCCUGCACCUUCACAAGAGAAUGAGCUCAAGGCAAUGCUAAAGCAACUACUUCAAGGGCAAGCUGAUGGGGUAGUGGACACAAGCAAGAAGCUAGCUGAAAUAAACUCUAAGAUCGAGAACCUCAACACAAGGGUUUACUCUCUGGAGAAUCAUGCUUCUUCUGUUGCUGCUGCUACAAAGCAAGGACAACUACCUGGUAAAGCUAUUCAGAACCCCAAGGAACAGUGCAAGGUCAUCUUCACUCAAGAAGGACUUGUUGAAGAAGAGGAUCAAGAAAGGGUCAUUGAAGAUUUUUGUUUACUGCUGAAUGAUGAAGAGAUUGUUGCUGCUGAGGCUCCUGGAGUCCAGAUUGAUCAACCAGAAGUGCAGGCACCUACUGUGGCCAUUCACACUUCACCAGUUGAGCUCGCACGACAAGCUCGAUCGGCAGCUCGAUCGAGUCCAACUCUAGCUCGAUCGAGUCCGACCUCUUCUGUCCGAAGCCUGUUUUGCUUGAUCCUUACCAACCGGUUGCCGCUUCCUCGUCUCGCCUACUUAGUCAAGGUCACAAGGAAGUGA